AUGUGCAGGUUCUUUACUAGUGUGUUAUCAUUACUAUAUUUUUACCAAGUUUCUCGUUAUGCAGGUUAUAGAAGCCUAGAGAGGUUACCAAACCUCGAGAUUCUAGAUUUCUCUGGGAAUAUAUUCAAUAACAGCAUCUUUCCUUUUCUUAAUGUCGUUACAUCACUUACAACUCUUUAUCUUCGAGGAAACUUGUUGGAUGGCAAUUUUCCUUCUAAAGAACUUAAAGAUUUAACAAACUUGGAACUGUUGGACCUGAGUUUUAACUUAUUCAAUGGCUCCAUACCAGUACAAGAGUUAUCUGCCCUCAGGAAGCUGAAAGCUCUGGAUCUAAGUAGCAAUGGAUUUUCUGACCCAAUGGAACUACAAGGGGUUUGCGAAAUGAAUAAUAUGCAAGAUCUUGAUCUUAGUCGAAACAAACUAGUAGGUCAGUUUCCCUUAUGCUUAACUGGCUUGAGUGGACUUAGAGUUCUUGAUCUCUCAUCAAACCAAUUGACCGGGAAUGUGCCAUCUGCUCUCGGUAAUCUUGAAUCCCUCGAGUAUUUAUCUUUAUCUGAUAACAACUUCGAAGGCUUCUUCUCACUUGCUUCGCUUGCCAACCUCACAGAGCUUACGGUUUUCAAACUUAGCUCAAAAUCCAAAUCACUUCAUGUAGAGUCUGAAAGUUCUUGGAAGCCAAAAUUUCAACUGACUGUUAUUGAACUACCAUCUUGCAACUUGGUAAAGGUUCCUUAUUUCCUUCAAUACGAGAAGGAUUUGUGGAACAUUGAUCUUUCUGACAAUAAUAUUUCUGGAAUUUUUCCUCACUGGCUGUUGGCAAACAAUAAGAAACUUGAAGUUUUGUUUCUACAGAGUAAUUCACUAGCAAGCUUUCAGCUACCAAAAUCUGCUCAUAAUCUGCGUUUCUUGGAUGUGUCAGCUAAUGAAUUCAGGCAUCUGCUUCCUGAGAACAUUGGGUGGAUACUUCCAUAUUUGCAGUAUAUGAAGAUAGCUAAUAACGAUUUUCAAGGAAAUUUGCCAUCAUCUUUGGGUAACAUGGAGUGGCUUCAAUAUCUGGAUAUAUCACACAACAGCUUCAUCGGGAAGCUACCUAAAAGUGUUGUGAAAGGUUGUUCUUCUAUGAAAAUCUUAACGCUUUCACAUAACAAACUAAGUGGAGAGUUUUUUCCGGAAUCAGCCAACUUCCCUGCUAUGCUGGAGCUGGCUAUGGAUAACAAUCAGUUUACAGGAAAGAUUGGAAAAGGUUUGCGAAGCUUAAGAUCAAUGACAUUGCUUGAUAUUUCGAACAACAGUCUCACAGGUGUCAUUCCAAGCUGGAUUGGGGAACUAUCUAUAAGCACACUAUUGGUUGCAAACAACUCGUUGGAAGGUGAGAUACCUAUUUCAUUAUUCAACAAUACUUAUCUUCAGCUACUGGACCUCUCUGCAAACAGUUUAUCUGGGGGCAUACCUCCAUUUGUCAAUGCGACUUCUGUGCGUACGGAAGCAUUAUUGGUAGCAUUAUUCCUGCAAGACAAUAAGCUAUCAGGUGUUAUUCCAGACACAUUGCUAAAGUAUGUCACUGUACUUGAUCUGAGAAAUAACAGAUUGUCCGGAAACAUUCCGGAGUUCACCAAGAACCAACACACCCAUACUCUUCUUCUCCGGGGGAAUAAUUUAACAGGCGGUAUUCGUAGCCAGUUGUGUGGCCUAAGUAACAUCCAACUUAUUGAUCUUUCAAACAACAGAUUGAGUGGAUCCAUACCUUCAUGCCUCAUCAAUACAAUAUUUGGUUUGGGGAAAGAGGAUACAAUUUUUUAUUUAGAUUACGGCCGUGGUACUGAGUUUGGUGGUUUAUCUUUAUCUAUGCCAAAAGACUUCACUCUAAGGGAUCAGUCUAAUGGUAUAUAUUUCAAAUCUCUCAUUGAGCUAGAACCGUUUACUAUGGAAUAUAGGUCAAACACCCAAAUUCCAGUUGAAUUUACAACAAAACACCGAUACGAUACUUACGUGAGUGGAAAUCUCCAGUUGUUCUUUGGAAUAGAUCUCUCAGAAAAUGAGUUGAGUGGUGAUAUCCCAGUAGAGCUUGGAAGUCUUUUGGAGCUACGAGCUCUCAAUCUUUCUCACAACAAGUUAUCAGGAGUGAUACCAGAAAGCUUUUCACGUCUGAAGAAUGUGGAAAGCCUUGAUCUUUCUUUCAACAGACUGCAAGGCCAGAUCCCGUCAGGACUAACAAAUCUGAGCAGCCUCUCUGUCUUCAAUAUCUCAUACAACAACGUAUCAGGAACCAUUCCACAGGGUAAGCAGUUUAACACCUUCGAUACGCAAAGCUACUUAGGUAAUCCUCUUCUCUGUGGACAACAAAUCAACAUAAGUUGCGGCAGCAGUAACUUUCAAGAACCAGAUAGUGGAGUGGAAGAUGAUGAAUCCCCAAUGGACAUGGUAUCUUUCUACUGGAGUUUUGCUGCAGCCUAUGUGACAAUACUUCUUGGACUAUUCGCAUCUCUCUGUUUUGAUUCUCCUUGGAACAGAUUCUGGUUUUACGUUGUCGAUGUUUUCAUCCACAAGAUGAGGAAUUUGUUGUGAUGUGGGAAGAAAGCCCUCAAGCUAGACCUUGCGAUAAGGGGAAGCCCAGAUUCUUGUGCAGAGACCCGUAGAGGAGUUACGGCAGCACAAGAAGGGAGCCAAGUUUCGCAGAAAGGCCACGAGAAGGUGGAGAAGCCACAAGAUAUAUAUGGGAAGAAAGCCCUCAAGCUAGACAUUGCGAUAAGGGGAAGCCCAGAUUCUUGUGCAGAGACCCGUAGAGGAGUUACGGCAGCACAAGAAGGGAGCCAAGUUUCGCAGAAAGGCCACGAGAAGGUGGAGAAGCCACACGAUAUGUGGUCCUUGGCUUGA